AUGCAAAUGCUGUUCGUCUCCUGCAAUAGGACUCUGAGGCGCGAUUUUGUACACAACUUGGUGUGCCUCUUACUAUCAGGUUUGUUCGUUUAUUUGAUGACCUUGUCUCUUUCGCUGUUCUACACAGAACGAAUGCCCAACGGCAAGGAUAUGGUCAUCGCUUUCCCACAGCUGGAGUAUGGUUCUCCUUCGUGGGUGCUCUAUUUGCCGAUCAACUUGUUUGCGACUUGCGCGUAUGGGCUCACUAUCUAUACAUAUGUCGCUUAUACAGUGUUGACUGCGCCCAGGCGGAUUGGCACCGAACGCGGGUUCCUUGCUCGGUACAGGUUCUGUUUCGACACGAAGCGCCCAGACCGCUGGUGGUGGGUUAUCGUAAAGAUGUCUUUCGGGUUAUCCAUCUGCCUCGUUCAGGUGGUACUUCCUGCCAACAAUGUGCAUUCUCAUAUCUACACAAGCGUGCUCGCCAUGUUCACGAUGAUUGUGAUAUUGUACGGUGCUUGGCCUUGGAAGUUCGAUUCCAAUAAUUGGGUGGAGCUGAUGUGCAAAAUUACGUUGGCUGUCCUCCUGAUGCUCACGACCUCAUUCAUCGACGUGAACAGCAUCUCACAAGUAGAGCGCGACCGAAUGAAUAAUGUUUGGGCGCACAUCAUCGUGUGUACUGUGAUCGGUGCUUUCGCAGUAUGUGCUGCUCUGUUCGUGGCGGACAUCGCCGCACCCAUGCAGAAUGUCCGCGUAAAGCAGGUCAGAACGGCACGAGCCAUGUGGCAUCUUCGCGACAUGUCACUCGCAUUGUUGAUGAUGCCAGAGAAGGAGUACGCCAAGAGGCUGGCCACUGUUGGUGAUAGCGACCGAGCUUUGCUGCUGGAGGUGACGAAGAACAUCAAGAAUGUAAUCUUUGGUCAGCAGGAGAGCUCGCGUUGGAUGAAUCAGCGGUUGAUUGCUGGACGGGAGUACGAGGUUUGGGACCACGGUCAGCGGGUACUUGGGUUUCUUCAGGAGUCAACGUCAGGCCGUUUGCAAGAGAGAUUGGAUCAGAGCAUGCGUUUUCGCAGGCGUUUGCUGGAGCUGGCGGUGGAAAUAUCGGAGGCAGGGCGAGCGCCACCACCCUUGACACGCAGCAGCAUCCUCGCAGCCCACUCGGCAAUAGGGGUCGCUUUGCAGCCGAGGCGCCGUCUCUCCCGAAAUGAGGAAGAAACCGGCACGGCAAGCGGGAUCCUUGACCGCGCGAGGAGCAGGAUAUUCUCAGCACCAGGAUUGACACAUGCUGCAUUCAGCAGGAAGAUCUCGAGCUUUGCGAAGCUGAGCAUGUCUGAGGAAGAGGUCGAUACUCUCUUCGGUGUUCUGGACAGCAACGGCUCGGGCACCGUGUCCCACCAGCAACUCACCGAAUUGCUGGCGGCCUUGGCACCCGAGAAGGUGCUGCGUGCACUAGCUCGUGACGGUGAGAACGGCGAUGCAGUGGAUGCUUGGAGAAAUACAGGGUCUGAGAGACAUGCAUGCGUGACUCCCUGGUCAAGGGAUGAGCAGGAAAAGGAGGAGGAGAGAAUCAGAGGUGCGCCCCCAGACGCGGCCGCAGACCUCGUUCGCUCGCCAGAGUGGCCGUGGCUCUGGCCGAGCUCCUGGCCUUCUGUAGCCGCGACGACCGACGUCAUGCCUUCGAGCACCCUGGCGUUCGGAGGCGCGGAGACAGCUGCAGGCUCCCGCAGCGCCUAG